AAAAUGGACAAUAAAUGAAAGGCUAACAUGGCACGCUUUGAACCACCCAACCUCCUUUGUCCAAAGUAGCUGGACCAAGACACAAAAGCGUGGCUACCUUUCUCUGCUUAUAAACCAAACCCCCAAGCCCAAAACUCCACCACACAGUCCCUCACUCCCUCACCUCCACUCCUUCUUACUCUCUGCUUCACCACUGUCUCUCUUUCUCUUGUGCGCUGAAUUUUUGCUUCAAAUCCUAAAUUCAAUGGCUGGGACUGGAGUGUUUGCAGAGAUAAUAGAUGGAGAUGUGUACAAGUACUAUUCUGAUGGAGAAUGGAAGAAAUCUUCGUCUGGUAAAAGUGUUGCUAUCAUCAACCCAACUACAAGAAAGACUCAAUACAAGGUUCAAGCAUGUUCACAAGAAGAGGUUAACAAGAUUAUGGAAUCAGCUAAAAGUGCUCAGAAAUCAUGGGCAAAGACUCCACUUUGGAAGAGAGCAGAGCUGCUUCACAAGGCUGCUGCUAUACUUAAAGAGCACAAGGCACCGAUUGCUGAGUGUUUGGUUAAGGAAAUUGCCAAGCCGGCCAAAGAUGCUGUUACUGAGGUCGUGAGAUCCGGAGAUUUGGUCUCGUACACUGCAGAAGAGGGUGUUAGAAUCCUGGGAGAAGGAAAAUUUUUGGUGUCUGAUAGUUUUCCUGGGAAUGACAGGACCAAAUACUGCCUCACUUCCAAGAUUCCACUUGGAGUAAUUCUAGCUAUUCCACCAUUCAACUAUCCUGUCAACCUUGCUGUCUCAAAAAUCGCACCUGCAUUGAUCGCCGGAAACUCCCUCGUGCUUAAGCCUCCCACGCAGGGUGCGGUCUCUGCCUUGCAUAUGAUACAUUGCUUUCAUUUGGCUGGUUUUCCCAAAGGCCUAAUCAGUUGUGUCACCGGCAAAGGUUCUGAGAUUGGUGAUUUUCUUACUUUGCAUCCUGGUGUAAACUGUAUAAGCUUUACCGGUGGAGACACUGGUAUAUCGAUUUCAAAGAAGGCCGGCAUGAUCCCUCUUCAGAUGGAGUUAGGAGGAAAAGAUGCCUGCAUUGUUCUCGAGGAUGCUGAUCUCGACUUGGUUGCUGCAAACAUCAUUAAAGGAGGCUUUUCUUACAGUGGUCAAAGAUGCACAGCAGUUAAAGUUGUCUUGAUAAUGGAAUCAGUCGCGGACGCUCUGGUCGAGAAAGUGAAAGCUAAGGUUGCAAAACUAACAGUUGGGCCACCUGAAGACAACUCUGAUAUAACACCUGUUGUUUCGGAGUCGUCUGCAAAUUUCAUCGAAGGGCUUGUCAUGGAUGCUAAAGAGAAAGGCGCGACAUUCUGCCAGAAUUAUAAGAGAGAAGGCAACCUUAUCUGGCCUCUGUUGUUAGAUAAUGUAAGGCCUGAUAUGAGAAUUGCUUGGGAGGAGCCAUUCGGUCCUGUUUUGCCGGUUAUCCGGAUCAACUCUGUCGAAGAAGGCAUCCACCAUUGCAAUGCUAGCAACUUUGGUCUUCAGGGUUGUGUAUUCACUAAGGACAUCAACAAAGCAGUGAUGAUAAGCGAUGCAAUGGAGACCGGAACAGUGCAAAUAAACGCUGCACCUGCUCGCGGACCAGAUCAUUUUCCUUUCCAGGGUUUCAAGGACAGCGGAAUCGGCUCACAGGGGGUUACCAACAGCAUUAACAUGAUGGUCAAGGUGAAGAGCACUGUUAUCAACUUACCGGGCCCUUCUUUCACCCUGGGGUGAUAUGAAUCAUUAGUCGUUAAGUGAUCGAUAAUCACGACUAUCUCCAUAGCUUAUUAGAAAAUUUGCCGACAGUUUUUCCUUCUGUAUCAUGUUAGUCUAUGAGCAUGUGAAAGAAUUGUAAUUAAUAAUUAAGCUAUGAGAAUCAGUCACUGUCUGCUAUGUUGUGAGGUAAUGAGGUGUAUGAGCAUUAAUGAAUAAGUGAAUCACUCUGUAAUUCCUA